AACCAUUACUUGUCAUCACAUCCUUCAUACUAAGUAGAGCCAGUGUCGAGUUGCAGCAACCAAAAACCAUGGCAUCGAAGAUUUUCCUUCUCCUAGGCCUUUCAUUGGCCAUACUUCUUCUCAUCUCCUCCGAGGUGGCUGCAAGAGACCUCGCCGAGACGGAGACCCAGCAGGAACAUGGAGAGGUUGAGGAAGAGACAAAUGGAGUGGAAGAGGCUAAGUAUCCAGGAUAUGGAGGAUACCCUGGAGGCGGCGGAUACAACGGUGGGUACAACGGUGGACGUGGAGGAUACAACGGCAGAAGAGGGUAUUGCCGCUAUGGUUGCUGCGAUAGAGGUUAUCAUGGGCGCGGAGGUUGCAGGCGCUGCUGCCACUAUGCUGGUGAGACUGUUGAUGCCCAAACCCAAGUCCAGACACAUGACUAGAGCACCAUAAAUUAUAAAUAAGCGCUACAAUGCAUAGCUCGGUGUAUAU